GUAAGCAAAACUUAAUUAAUGGCUGUGCUUUGCUGUCAGUGGAUAAUCACUUCGUGAUCAUAUCGAACGACAUUCCACAGUAUGAAAAGCAGAAAAGAUAAUUUUCCAUGCCCUGUACAGAUUUUGUUCUGUGUUGCCAAAGGAAAGAGUGUUCCAACACUCAGAUUCUUCAGUUUGCCAUAGAUUUGCAUAAAAUAAACACAUGUUUGCAGUAGUGGAAUCCAGGAUACUUUCUUCUUUCCUACUGAAGUUUUUCCAUCUGAAAAAAUCGGACCAUUUUUCCUCGUGUCUCUAACAGCUAAGAUUUUAGUUCCUUUUGAAGAUGCGGGUGCUUUGUUCGUGCUUGAUUAGUUUUUCACAAUUAUGUAAAAUAUGGCAGCCAUAAUUGCGGAAAAGGGAAGUGACGCAUGGUGGUACAUGAAAGUUGAGGAUCUACUUUCCGGCAGAUAUCACGAUGAAGCUUCAAACUAUGAAACGGGGACAGAUACAAUGCAUGUAGGGAUUGACUCAGGCUCUUCAUGGGCGGCUAUGCUGGGGAAAAGAAACGGGCUUCAUUUUCCUGCAGAUUUGUACCUUGAAGGCACAGACCAGCAGCGAGGGUGGUUCCAGAGUUCAUUAUUAACAAGCAUAGCUAUAAACGGAAGGGCUCCAUACAUAGGAGUUAUCGUGCAUGCAUUCGUCCUAGAUGAGAAGGGUCUCAAAAUGAGCAAAUCUCUUGGCAACAUUGUUGAUCCAUAUACUCUAAUAAGAGGGAAGAACCAAAAGAAAGCACCAGCAUUCGGAGCAGAUGUUCUACGUUUGUGGGCUUCUAGUGUAGAUUACACUAAUGAUGUGAUGAUCGGUCCCCAAGCCCAGCAUCAAAUGUCUGAUAUAUACAGAAAGCUCCGGGGAGCAUUGAGAUACCUUUUGGGGAAUCUACACGAUUGGAGGACUGAUGAUUCCGUUCCCUAUGAUGAUCUUCCAAGGAUUGAUAAGCACGCGCUUUUUCAGCUUGAAAUUUUCAUGAAGAACAUUAUGGAGAGAGAUGAAAAUUAUCAGUUCUUCAAGAUAUUUCAGAUUAUUCAGUGCUUUGUGUUUCUUGACCUAUCAAACUUCUACUUUGAUGUCGCGAAGGAUCGACUCUAUGUCGGGGCAGUAGCUUUACCGGGAGAAGUUGCCGAACUGUUAGCUAGGCAGCUCCUUUCGAUCUCGAGGGUGAUUUCUCCAAUAUUGCCUCAUCUGGCAGAGGAUGUGUGGCAGAACCUUUCCCUCCCACCUUGGAAGAUGGUUCCACAGCGAGAUUCGUUUUUGAAGCGAGGUGGCCGCCCUCGAAUGAAGAAUGGCUUACUUCAUCUCAUGAAAAGGUCGAUUUUUGGGGCGAAAUUCUUGAGAUGAGAACCUAGCUUCCCGGCUACACGAAGUGCGCACGGCCACCAAUGAGGCAGACGAUUUGCAGUGGUUAUUCAUAACUUCUCAGGCGGAAAUACUUCAGUCUCUGGAGGAAGUAUUGGUUGCAAAUUCUCCGUCUACUGCAGAGUGAGAAGUCCAAGGGAAGAAGGUCUGGAUCAGUGUGUCGAGAGCUGAGGGCUUGAAAUGCGAGAGGUGUUGGAACUACUAGUCCCUCGUCGGGUCUUUCCCAGAUCAUCUGACUCUCUAUCGCCGGUGUGAUAGUGUCGUUGGUGUACAACCGCUUCCUGCCGUGGCAGCAGCUGUCAGCUAGUGCAAGGUCUCAUCAAAUCUAGGACCUGUAUGUGUCGAACAGGGGAAAUGAGUCGAUUGCCAGGAGAGUCUCAGAAGUCCUGGUGGUGCAUCGGCGAGAUGUCAUUGCAAUCUAUUCUCGUUAGGAAGCCACUCCAUUUUCAUUUUUUCAUGAACGAUUUGUUCAAUAUCUAUACUCCUAUAUAAAGGAAGAACUCGGUAACCCUUACACUUGUUUUUCAGUAGCAGUAAAUAGUAAUACCGUAAGUAAGCCUUGUUGCGACGGCCAUGUCAA